GAAUUGGUCUUGAAAUACUGCCCACAUCAUCUAAAGAAACAAAAACUUUCUGUGAUUCGGUAUGUACCAAAACGCCUAGACACAAUCAUUGUAAAGGGUCCAACAGACAUUGUAAACGAGGACUGUUUAGACUCAUUGGAAAUGUACUUUGACUUCAAGAGAAAAUCUGGAGGCGGAGGGGUCGUUGAAGACAGUGUUUCGUUCAGUGUAGAGGAAAAUGCUGUAUAUAUAACAUUCGAGGAGGAGGAAGUUGCACAAAGAGUUGUGAAUAGGGGAAGUCACAAAGUACAUAACCAAGAAAUUGAAGUCACCUUAUUUAAACCAAAACGCUCAACAAGGCAAACUAGCAAACCAGUCCACAUCCCGUUUAAGGAGGAAGAAGUCGGAUCAGACUUUUGGAAGUCGCAGACAAGUAAGGAAUUUUGCCCGAUAGAAUCGGAAGAAUCGGACUGUGUAGCGGGUCGCCUUAACAAUCAAAGACGAAGUGAUCAGCCCCCAGCUGCUGCUUUGGGUUGGGGGAGCGUCGAACAACUAGAGGAAUCCAGGGACCUCAUGGCCACCAUCCUAGAUAGAACAAGAUCUGUACAGCGUCAGAUGGAUGAGAUACACCAAAAGUUUGAGACUGGUCCGGUUGUCGUGUUCGUAACACGUGAACAAGAGCGGGUCAUGAAUGAUGCCUUCAUGUGCAUAAUUUGCAAAGGAGCUAUGGUGCAACCCAUGUAUGCAACAUGUUGCAAGAGUCUCAUCGGGUGCCAGCAGUGUGUUGAAACCUGGUACGAGGGAUCGGCGUCCCGCUUUUGCCCAAAGUGCAAGAAUAUUGAAGGCCAGCAGUUUUUAACGACAGGUUUGACAGAAGCAAUCCGGGCAUUUGCCACCCUUAUUAAGCCAGAAUAGAUGUCCGAUCACGCCAUUUUGUUGUGUUUCCUGGUUUUACUUAAUCAGUAAAUCUAAUACAGGGUUGUUUUUUAAGUAGAAUAUGAAAAGAUCUUUUGAUAAUAUAAGAAUUACAGAUUGCUUUUAUUUUUUCUACUACAACAAAAGCCUUUGUUAUAGUUUAUAAAACUGCCAUUCAACAACCACGUUUUUAGUGUAGAAACGUUAGACUGUUUGGACUACACAUACUUGUUUGAAUAUUGUGUUUUAUUGUGUUUUAAGCCUUUCUGCUUUUUUUAAUAUUGGAUGGUAAAACGUUGAAUAUAGACUUAAGAUACUAAGAAUUAACCUUGUGUAUACAACUGUAAAAACAUAAGUCCAUAAUAUUUAUAUGUUAAAUUUACCUACAUAUCUGACAAACAUUUGCAAAAUACUUAAAACUACAGAUUCAAUUUGAAACUUGUAUGCUUAAUUGCUAUACCGGUUCUACACUUUAUUAACAAUAUUAACAAUAUAAACAAUAUGUUCCAGAUUAAAACAAUAUGCCAGUAGGUAAAAGAAAUUCAAGAAACAGAUCUUCACUUAAGAGCAGAGUAGAAUAUUUCUUAUUAGGAAUCCAGCUUCUGUUUCUGUGAUAAAUAAUUAUUCAAAUUGAUUCAAUAAAUUAUCAUUGACACUUCACGUUUUUAAUUCACCCUUUUUGAAAUAUUAUGUUUCAUUCAUAUUAUGUGUGUCCAUAUAUCUGUCAUUUCCUAUUAUUGAAUGAUAAUGUAUAUUUGUGUGGUCUUUUCAAUAAACAGCUUUAAAUUUCA